GUAGGAACCUGUGAAGCUGGAUCGGCGAACCCUCAAGCGAAAACAAGUGGUGGUCACACCAAAGUGCAACAAAGAUCGCGAUGCAGCCCUACUAUUUCUGCGGCGUCAUUUGUGAUUGUGUUUUGUGGAAGUGAAUUUUAAAAAAAGAUAUGGACCGCUCAUUUUCUUUGGAGGCUCAUGAGGCAUGCCCUGGUUGCGAGAAGCAUGCACUUUCAAAAGGUCUAUUUUUAGCGGAACUUCAGGAAAUGAAAAAGGAAAUGGCGGAAUUAAAGGAAACAAUCGAAGUAAUGGAGAGAACCUCGACGGCUGUGAGUGUUAGAAUGCUUUCGCAUUUAGAGGGUAUCCGAAGCCACCUGGUGGACUGGAGUUCCCCCUCAAGACCGAGGAGGAAAUGGGCCAUAUCAACAACAAAAUCAGGGAGACUCCAUCGAACUACAUCGAGGCUUUUAAGAAAAUGGUGGGACCCGAAGGAUUGGAGAAAAAUAUAGAGCGUUUUUUUUGCCAAGGAGCUAAUAAUGCAAAUGAAUUACUCAGGAGGUCCUGACAAAGUUGACUUGUCAGCAUAUCCACAUUUAAACGACGCUUUGUUUGAAUCUUCUCGUUCGGAGGGCCGCAGUUUUGGCGAUUAUAUCAAGACUGUACGCGAGGCAUUCUCCAAG